AUGGUUCAAGAGGAGUGGUUCCGGCUCUUCCAGAAUUUUGAAUUUGCACAGACUCUUCUGGAUUUCCAAAAAGUCCUUAACCAAUAUCAGGAAAAGGCCCCCUACAUAUUUCGGCUGAAAUAUUCUCUAUGGUCUACAUUGCCAAGACGAGAGCAGUUUGUGAAUUCGGCGGCUGAUAGCUCUGAGCAUGCAUCGAAUGGCACAGCACGACAAAAACCAGAUUCUCCAGAGAUUGAAGAGCUUACAAGCAUCAUCAGAAAACUUGCAUCUUCCAAAUCUGCUGUACGAACAGCAUACGCGAAGAAUAUGAAGGAUAGUCUGGCCGUGCUUUAA